GAGCAGCUUUAACCACCUGCAUUUCAAUCAAACAAUUUCAUGUCGCAACUUCCAUAUUCCUCUUCUUGAAGAAUACUAAAUUUGAGAAGAAAGUUUUGAAAAUGAGUGGCGGACUUCCAUAUGCCGCGGACGCUGAAAGCCCGUUGAAGCCUGCAGAACUGCAAGUUCUCAGAGCACAGUAUGAGAAAGAGGGCGAACAUGUUGGCGUGCAGACACAGUUCAACUACGCAUGGGGAUUGAUCAAAUCGAAUUCUCGACAUGAACAACAAGAGGGAGUUCGUCUCCUCUCAGACAUAUUCCGCACAUCCCCCGAACGGAGAAGAGAAUGUCUUUACUACCUGGCCCUUGGAAACUACAAAUUAGGAAACUACUCGGAAGCACGACGAUACAAUGAUUUAUUAAUGGAAAAGGAACCGGAGAAUUUACAGGCAAGCAGUCUGAAGGGGUUGAUCGAUGAUAAAGUUGCGAAAGAAGGUUUAAUAGGCGUUGCGAUCCUCAGCGGUGUUGCUAUUGCUGCUGGAGUUGUGGGCUCAAUGUUAUUCAGAGGGGUGAGUAGAAAUAAUAGAUAAUCGGCGGUUCGAAUACCCCAGAGGCUCGGAAGAACAGAAUGAAUGUGUUUAUACAUGACUUGGGGGGGCAAUUUUGAUAUACCACUGUGUGCGGAAGUGCGAGUUUGCAUCGUGCGAACAACUUCAAUAUUCAAGCUUCAACAUUUCAAUCUUUCAAUACUUACGUGAGUUGAAGCAAGAAGAUUUAUUGUACGUUGCAUUUGAUGUAUGUAGUUUAUCACACUCUCAACUUUGACUCCAUCCUCAAUCCAAAAUUCACCUCUUCUUUCAGCGGGGGGAAUUGCUGGAAUUCGUAAGAAUAAGAAUAAGAAUAAGAAUGGUUACUGAUCGAGCGUGGGAAUGUUUUGCUCUCGUCCUGCAAGCAAAUCCCAAUCGACACCAUUGUGCGACGACCACCGGUGGACCGAAUGACUGUAUUAACCACAAACCAUCUCUGAAGCUCAUCCAAUGUCCAAUGUCACA